CAUAUGAUAAUUGACAUGACACGUCUGUAAUAAAAUAUAUAAAUGAUAUUUAAUUGUGUUGAAUAAAAAUAUAAAUAAUAUAAAUAAUGUUUUUAUAAUUUCGCGAGUUUUAUUUUAUAUUUUAAUCUGAUAAAAAAUAAAAAAAAUAAUGGAAUUUUUUAAAAAUAGUUUUAAAUCUGUUUUGGGUGCACCAGAUCCUGAAAAUCAACCAACUGGUGCUGACACUGUUGAAAGAUUGGUGGAUAGAUUAGAGUCUUCAAGUUUAUUAGAUGAUCGUAGAGAUGCAUGUCGUGCAUUAAAAGCACUUUCACGAACUUACAGAGUUGAAGUUGGUGCUCAAGGUAUGAAUUCAGUACGACAAGUAUUGGAAAUGGAUCGUACUGAUUGUGAGAUUGUUGGUCUAGCUCUUGAUACUCUUUGCAAUAUAACAAGUCCAGAAACAUUUGAUGAAGAAAUUGAUAAACAUGGUAAAAAUUCUAAAAUUGGUGAACAAUUUACUGAAAUAUUUAUAAAACAUCAAGACAGUGUUGGUCUUGUAUUGUCUGCACUUGAAGAUUUUGAUUUUCGUGUAAGAUGGCCAGCAUUAAAAUUACUUGCUAAUUUAAUAUCAAAUAGACCAAAAGAUAUACAAGAAAUAAUAUUAAUAAUGCCAAUGGGGGUUUCUAAAUUAAUGGAUUUAUUGAGUGACAGUAGAGAAGUUAUUAGAAAUGAUGCAUUAUUAUUAUUAAUUCAAUUGACAAAAGGUAAUGGAAAUAUACAAAAAAUAGUUGCAUUUGAAAAUGCAUUUGACAGAAUAUUUGAUGUUAUUAAUCAAGAGGGUGGUGCUGAAGGUGGUAUUGUUGUUGAAGAUUGUUUAUUAUUGAUGUUAAAUUUAUUAAAAGGUAAUGUCAGUAAUCAAAAUUUUUUUAAAGAAGGAAGUUAUAUUCAACGUUUAACACCAAUGCUUAAAUUACCAUCAAUUGAUGAUAUUAAUUCAGAUGAUGAUAAUAUUAAUAUUAGUAAUAUUAGUAAUAGUGUUAUUGGAUGGAGUCCACAAAAAGUUGCAAAUAUACAUUGUAUGAUACAAGUAAUACGUGCACUUGUUGCACCAAGUUGUUCUGCUCAAAUAAUAUCUGGUUGUCAACGUAUUAUGCAUGCUUGUGGUUUACUUAAAUCACUUUGUGAUAUUUUAAUGGCCAGUGGUGUACCAGCAGAUGUAUUAACAGAAACAAUAAAUGCUGUUGCUGAAGUUAUAAGAGGUAAUAAUAUUAAUCAAGAAUUUUUAUCAAAUGUUACUGCACCAAGUACUCCACCACGACCAGCAAUUGUUGUAUUACUUAUGUCAAUGGUUAAUGAAAAACAACCAUUUCAAUUAAGAUGUGCAGUACUAUAUUGUUUUCAAUCAUUUUUAUAUAAAAAUAAUAUUGGUAAAAAUAAAUUAAUUCAAACAUUAUUACCACAAAGUAAUGAAACUCAAUUAUUAACAACUGGACAAUUAUUAUGCGGUGGUUUAUUUUCACCAGAUCCAUUAUCUAAUUGGUUUUCAUCAGUAGCAUUAUCACAUGCAUUAAUUGAUGAUAAUAAUAAUAAUGAAAAAGAACAAUUAUUACGUGUAUUAUUGGCAACAAAUAUUGGUAAACCACCAGUAACAUUAAUGCAACAGUGUAUAUUAUUAUUACAACAAAGUAAUAAUAAAUUACAAAGUAAAUUAGGUUUAUUAAUAUUAUUAUGUAGAUGGAUAAGUUAUUGUCCAUUGGCUGUUAAAACAUUUUUAUCAAUUGAUUCAUCAGUUUCAUAUUUAACAGCAUUAUUAUCUGGUCAUGAUAAUAAUGAAGAUGUACAAGAAAAUCUUGUUCAAAGUAUGUGUGCAUUUUUACUAGCCAUGUGUGUACAUUUUAAUGAUGAUCAAGUACCAUCAUAUACUAAAGAUAAAUUAUGUAAUUUAAUUGAUAAACGUAUUGGUCUUGAAAGAUUUCAAGAUGCUAUUGGUGGUACAACAAGACAUGAAAUAUAUUCACGUACAUUAAAACAUCCACAACCAUCAGCUAAAAAUCCAUCUGACUUAUUACUUGAUCAUGAAUUUUGUCGUUUAUUAAAAAUUCUUGAAGGAGCUGUUUCUGAAUCAAUCAUCAAAGGAAGUAAUUCUGUUAAUGAAUUUCCUAUUAAAAAUUCAAAUAAUCAAAUAAAUUCAAAUUUAUCUGGUAAUUCAUCAGCUCUUGUUUCUCAAUACAAAGAUCUUAUACGAGAACAAGAUGAUGAAAUUCAAAAAUUAAAACAAUCUAAUGAAAUUUUAAUAAAAGAUAAACAACAGCUUGAGCUCAAGGUUCAAGAAUUACAAACAGAAGUUAGUAAUUUAAAAGAUCAGAAUAUUGUUUUACGAGCUGCUCAAACAAAUUUAAAUGAUGAAAAAGAUUCAUUAACAAAUCAUAUUAUUAAAAUUGACGACAGUUCUACUUCAGAUGUUACUAAUCAUGAUAAAGAAGAAUUAAUUAAAUGUAAAAAUAUUAUACAACAAUUACAAUUACAAAUUAAUGAGUAUCAAUUGAAAUUACAAGAACAGGAAUCAAAUAAAGAAGCAAUUACAAAAUUUGAUACAUUAUAUAAAGAAAAAACAGAUGAGCUUGAUAAAUUAAAAAAAGAUCAAGAAGAUCUUUUAGAACUUUUAGCUGAUCAAGAUACUAAAUUAAUCUUGUAUAAAGAAAAAUUGACGGCCUUGGGUGAAAAAAUUGAAUCUGAAGUUAGUUCCGGUGAAGUUGAUGACGAUACUGACGAUCAACCAGAGUCGAGUAAUUAAAAUUAUUAUUAAUAUUAUUCCGCAUUUCCAAAUGCACAAAUGUAUUAUUUAUAGUAAAAAAUGAA